AUGAGUUCGACUUUUGGUACCAAGAUCUUAAGAUCGCACCAGAAAUUUCAACCGUUCCAACAACAGGAGCACCAACACGCGUUAGUACCGGCCCGCCGGACAUCGCUACCCUUUGAGGAGGAGAAGGAGACCUGUUCGGGGCAGAUUGGAUUAAUAAUACCGGUCCCUGAUGUUUGUGAUGAAGAAAGACAUGCUACCAAAGACUGGUGGGCGGAUCCGGGAAAAUUGAGGUAUCGUAGAUCAUAAUAUCUUCAUUAAUUUCAGUAAAGAGUUCAUAUUGUUGAUUCAUGGUGGCCGGACUUUUAGCACCUUGGGUCCAGCAAAACAGGCGUUUGAAGAGGCUAUCCAAAUUUUUAACGGAACCCUGGCAAAAAGUGAGAAGGAACGGCUCGAUCCUGAAAGGGCCACCACAAUGGCAGACGUCUUGGAGUACACAAACAAAGCCAAGGAGACCUGGGAAAAUAAACCUCGCUGGAAGAAGCCUCGGAAAUGGUUAGAGCGCUUCUCCACCCGAGUGACACAUUACAGCAAAGUCAUGGAUGUCCUUGUUCAACACCACCCAGAGUAUGCCUCCCUUGCAUGGGGAGCAAUGAAGCUUCUGUUCGUCGUGAGUUAACUCCCCACGGAACGCAACCCGAAGCCACCCAGGGACAAGAGUUACUGAUCAACCUGUCCUUCGCUGCAGCUCGUCAUCAACCAUGAGACGGCAAUAAAAGAAGUCGCAAAAACCCUCACACGGAUUAGCGGCUAUCUUCCACAGGCCGACCUGCUCUCAAUUAUGUACCCCAGCGAUGAGAUGCGAAUCGGAGUCGCCACGCUCUACGCCCACAUAAUAUCAUUCCUGCAGCGCGCAACAAGUUGGUAUCGUGGCGGCCGCUUAUCCCACUUCUUCAGAGCCUUAUGGAAUCCCUUCGAAGUGUCAUUCAGGGAACUGGUAGAUGAUAUCCGUGAGCAAGGGAAACGUGUGGCCGAUCUAGCAGACGUCGGGCACAAGCUAGACACGAGAGUGAAUAGAGGCCUGAUAGAAGACCUCUGCAAAAAAGUGGAACGAGUUAGUGCUUUAGUAGGAGCCGGACAAGCGCCAGAUAGAAGGAAAUCCAUGAAUGGACAAGUUCAUUGUAUACAAAUGACGCAGAGGGAAUUCUUUGGUAUGAUAUAUACGAUAUGACCAUGUCUGUUUUCGCAGAAGGAAAGUUGGGAGAACCGAAGUAUGGCUAACUUUGCUGGUUUCCUUCGUACGCAAAGAGCUGCAAAAUAGAUUUUGGGCCAGCAAGCAAGAUCAGGAGCAACUUUGUCAAAAUAUGUUUGGACAACUAAGACCCCUCCUUGGAUACAAAUCCCCCGGCUUUGAGAACCUGAAAAUAUCCGGGUCUUUGGGUUUGCCUGUGGAACUCGAUUUCCGCGGCCUGCCGAAAGCUCUGGGUAGGUUAGCGGUGGAUCUCGAAGAGACAGCGGCCAUGUUUAGCUACCAAAUAGCAUUCAUAUUCUGCUCGAAUGAAACGGUGUGCGGGUAUUUGAAAAGUCCCGUGGAUGUAGCAAAAUUGUUGGUCUUCCACGUCCUAGAACACAACCCCCACCUACUCCUGGAGCAGCGAAACACUCUACCAUUGGACCGUCUCCAAGCAGCACGGACAGUCCCAGACUUUAUCAAGAUCCUAGAGGACAUCCUCCGCUUUAUCCCGAGCAUUCUAUUCGUCAUCGACUCCAUCGACGCCUGUGCCCUCCCUGCCCUGCGGGGGGACAAAGCCGAGUGCACAUCUAACGACAUCCAACAACUGAUCGAUGGACUGACAGGCCUAGCGCGGACCUUUGAGAACUCAGUCAAGAUAACGUUCACCACGCGCCCCUCGAACAAGCGCCUCCUCACCCCGGGCCCGCUCUUCGAAAAACACGCGACUAAGCUGCACCUGCACGGUGGCAUGGUCGGUUGGAUAGACGAAAAGAGGGACGACUUCCCCCUCCCCAGAUUCCGCAACCACACUUUCAUCACACCGGAUGCAGUGGCCCCGCGGGAACCAUCUGAUGACGAGCCGUUUUUGAAAAUGACCACUCCCGAGGGCGGAUCCAUUUCUGCGGGCACGCCGAAUAAAUUCCCGCUACCGAAGAGGCCGUCGUGGCCGAGUAAUCUCUAUUCCAUCAUCAGACAUAAAUGCGAGUUCCGGGAUUGUAUCGAUCUCGCGACUAUGGAGCGGACACUCACGACAGCGAAAUUUCCGAACCCCUUUUGCGGGCGGUAACAGCGUUGGCGGGUGUGCCUCGGGCCUUCGAUGUUUCUUCUAUGGAAUAUACUUGUUUGUUGCCUAAUGUGCCGUACUAUGUACAUAUUGGAAGAGCGGAUGCUGUUCGGUGUUUCGAAUUUUGCUCCACCUAUUUUCAGAGUUGGAGCAAGUGUUGUGCCUGUAUUAUCAUAAUGUUAUCGUACUCGGGAAAUUCCCA